AUGACCGAAUUUCGAGUGCCCCUCCACCAGGGCGCUCCUGCCCGAAAGCCACUGCCUGGAUCGCAGUCCGGAUAUCCUUAUCAAAAUUAUGACGCUUCUCGCCCUCAACUUGCCCCUCAUUUAGCCGGCCCCCAAACCACACACAGUCGGACGCGCACGACUUCUUCGAGUGUGCUCCCCUACGUUUCGGGCCCUCCGCAUUACGCCGGGGCUUCUGCUCCACCGCUCCCCCCUCAAGGAAUGGCUCAUCCGCCCACCUAUGCGCCGUCGCGACGUAUGUCUAGCACCACCACCUCCACCACCUCCACUGGCAACAACCACGUUCCGCAGCCCGGAUCCGGGGUCCCUGAUAUUCGGCGAAGUGCCUCGUCUCGCUCUGCCAGCUCUCAGCUUGGAUAUGUCGCCUUGAUGCGGCGGCAGAAAGGGACUGUAUGGUGUGACCGGGCGCAGUCCGAAGAUCCUCGUCUGCGAGAGCAGUCCAUGCGGGACAAGAAGAGAGCGUACCUUGAGGUUCAUGGCGCGGGCGCCGGGCGGGCAGGCACGGGUAGUAGCAAGAUUCGACACGGUACCAAGGGCGGCCCCGCCGACUUUUCGCCCUCCAACCUGGUGGGUGCCAAGGUGCCGGUGCGAUUGAGUGCCAACGAGGUGGGUGACGGGGAGGAUGACGAUGUCCCCAGCAAUGAAGGCGGUAUGGUCCACCGACGGACGGGCAGUGGCCGUAGCUCGCUUGGGAGCAAUCGAUACCCCAGUGGAUAUUCGCGCCCACCACAGGGCACCAUGGGCAGCAACAGCACUCCCCCUAGUGAGAAGACCGACCUUCCGAAUGUCUCGGAGAACACCCCUGCCGAGAUCCAGGCCGAGGAAAAAAGCCGACUCUCGUCACUGGUCAAGGACGAUGCUGCAACAACUCACAGCAGUGAGCAGGAAGAUUUUGUGGGUGACAUGGAGGCCCCGAGUGCCAGUGCAACGGUCACAGACAAAGCCAAGAAGGCCGAUGAAUUGCGCCGCCGAGGCAGUGUUGAUGAACGAACUACUUCAAUGACCAAUGUGCGGUUGUUCGUCGCUAACCCGGAUCUCAGCGACUGA